CGCGAUAUCGACAUUAUAAACUCAGCUGCUGAUAAACGAAUUGACUAUUACGCCACAACUCGACGUCUUUGUUCAAACAAUCAAGAAGUUUUCACCUCACUGUAUAGAUUUUCUGCAUUGCAAGUGACGAGAAAUCAAGAUUAAUGGUGUUAUCAAUUGAUAAAUCCGCUAAACUGGAUUUGAAUUUUAGUAGACAUGAAGAAAAAACGUCGCAAAAUAGUGAACUUGAUAGUUCCAACAUCAACGUCAUCAAAAUGUCUGCCGACAGGGAAGCACUGGAGGCAGGAAAAAGUUAUCUCUUCACCCUUGGUAGAGCGCCUCAGCAGUGCUCCGAUGUUCCUUCGGGGUCAGACAACGGUCUUAUCCUUGAGAGUGUCACUGAGGAAGAUGAAAAACCGGGCCUUUUGGCCUCGCCAUUCUUCAAGAAAAGCCAAGCUGGAGGAGGACCCAGUGACACUAACUACAUCCGCUUCCUCCAUCACUUGACGGAUAAUUUGUUGGUGAAAUGGGAGUCCAUAUUGCUGGAGUCUCGUUUGUACAUCCAGCUGCCAGAGACCAGCUUGCACCAGGGAGGUCGAGACAGCUUGGUGGAGCUUCUUGACAUAGCCGAGGAGCAGCUAGGAUGCAGUCAGGUCAUCAUCAUGUUUACUCGAAAGAGAUCUGAUAAUGGUCAGUUGAUGAGAACGUUCAAGUUCCUUGGAUUUGAAACGCUUCCUCCUGGCCACCAGUGGUUGCCACCUGCUACAGACCAUUUGUUUAUGGCAUACAACAUCUAGUUUUGAACCCAACAAUAUAACUGUAUCGCAUGCAACAUCUCUUCUCCAACUCAAGAGUAGGGUAUUAUGACAUACAACAUGUAGUGUAAGAUUCAACAGACCAUCGUGGUAUGCAACAUUCUGUCUCCAUCCAAACAUUAGGCCAUUGUGGCAUGCAACAUCCAGCCCUGAACCCACCAACAGACCUGUACGAGAAACAGCAUCUGGCCUUUAGCUCUGUAGUAGAGUACUAUGGCAUGAAAGCUAUAGUGGAAAACACCAAUUCUUGAUGGCACACAACAUUCUGUUUCCAUUCAAACGCUAGACCAUUGUGGCAUGCAACCUCUGGUCUGGAAUUUCAAAUCUGCCUCAAUGGUAGACAACGUCUAGUCUGGAAUACAACAACGGGCUGUUAACAUUUGCACCAGGAUGAAGUCAUCAUUGUAUGUUUUCUUUUAUUAACAUUGUGCAGUUUAUUUGCUCUUUGUGAAAUUAGUAUCAGUUCAAAUUGUAUUAAGAGUUAACCAAGUGUUGCAAUUAAUGAAAAACAAUGAUAAAAAGUGACUAAGAUGCACAGUUUCUUUCAUUUACUUGUAACCUUGUAGAUUGACAUUUUAAAAUUGCUGCAGAAGUUGUUACUCAGCCAUUAUUGAAAUUUGUAUGGGCUGUUUACUAAGCAAGAUUGUUUUAUUUAGAUGUAUACAAUAUACUUUAGAAAAUCCCUGAUAUUAUGUUAGCUCGGACUUAUGGGGCAUUUUUUAAGAUAUGAAGAGCUAAGAAUUAUUUUUUAAGCAGUUGUAUGCCCCCCUCCCCUUCUCUAAAUAUUGAUUGAUACAUGUACGCAUAGCUAAAGUUGAUUGUCGUCCACAUCCCAAUAAUUUCACAUAAUUUACUUUUUGGUCACAAAUUUGUGAAAGUACAUGUAUUGUAAUAUUGAGAUGAUGGAUAAGAUCUUAAGAUUCAAUGUUUUAUAAGUUGAGAUUUGAAGAAAUGUCAUUUGCCAGACAUGGACUUUAUGUACAAUUUGUAUUUCUCGUUUUGUUUCCUAAGCCAGAGCUAUGUCUGAAGUAGUUGAUAAAUUCAUCUUGGUAUCAUUCUCAGAUCACACUCCAUUUUAAACUUAAUAUUUUUUAAUUUUGGACUUGAUUGUGCACAUAUUAGUAUUGCACAUAUAUAUAUGAUCAACAUACUAGUUUUGUUUUGUGAUUUAUUGUACACGAAAAAGUGGCCUGGUAAUUGUGUUUGUGCAGUCGUGGUUGUUUUGGGUACUGCAGUUGCUUAUAAAUGUAUUUGUGUUUUAUUCAUGAAGGAAAAUAAAUGGGUGGUAGUAUAUUCAUUUUAUUUCUUGUGUUGAAUUUAAAAUUGCAUAAAACUCUGCUUUUAUAUCUUUAAUUUGGUGACUGAGGAUUUAAAACAAACUGAUGUAAUUGCCUCAAGCAUUUAAGAAUAAACAUGGGUUUUCUAACAAAGAGGAAAAGUAACAUAUGUAAGAAAGAUUGAAAAUAGAAUUAAUGAGUAGGGAGUCGGUGACUCAAAACUGAUAGCAUGUACUUUAUGGACUCAAAUUGUACUGCAUCCCCCCAAAAAAAUAGAUUGGUUCUAUUUGCAAAAAUCUGGGAUACAUGUAACAUGCAUAGGAAAGAGAGUCAUGAUGCGUGUUAUUGCUUGUGUUUGGAUACAUGUAUUGUUUUAACCAUAGGUAUCAUGAACUACUCUCUUUAGGAAAGAAAAAGAAAGUUGUAUAAUUUUAUGGAUACAGACCAGCCAAACUGACCAUCGGGUAUUAAAGAUUGAAAAAUUAGAUCUAAGAGCUUUAUAUUACAACCGGCCGACCAAUAUUUGUUUCCAUCUACUAUCAAAUCGUAUGGGGGGGGCCUGAUGUAAAGACUUAACCAUGUGCUUUGUAUGACAAGGGGUUUAAUCUCAUGUCCAGAGAUAUAUUCCAUGCACUUGUGUUUCUUUUGGUCCAUCUUGUUUGGUGAUUCUUUAAGUCUUUUUAUCGCAUGUAGGAAUUGUUUAAUUGUAAAAUAAAUAGACAUAGAAGAG